AUUUUGCAGGGGUUUUUGAUAAUGACAGCUUCGGAUAUGGAAGAAAGUCCUCGGACUGAGACACGAGUGGCAUCGAAGCCGGAUGCGCAGUGUUACUGUGCGAAAGGAAGAAACCUGAACUUGAUAGAGUUGCAGUGCAUGGGAUGUUCGAGAUGGUUCCACGAAUCCUGUAUCAGCUAUCAAAUGGGGAAGCUUGUGCCUUUCAUGCUGAACUACACUUUUAUGUGUAAAAAUUGUUCCGCGACUGGGAUCGAAACCUUCAGGAAAACCCAAGCUCAGUUUUUGCACAUUUGUGUGACAGCAUUGGCGAACUUGCAGCACAACAGCCAAAGGGAAGGCAGGAGCAGAACGAUGUUUUCAAAGGCUAGGGAAUUAAUUCCGUUCAUAGAAUCUCACUGGGAAUCUUUGACAACUAUGUCCCGGAGAAAUUCGAAUGCUUGGCAUCAGUCGAUUCAACGCGCGUUGGUGAAAGAAAUCGGAGCAGUUUUCGUGUGUCAAGACCGUGCGAAGGACCCUGAAAACGACGUGGAUCCUGUGGGCGAUUUGGCGCAUCUGGGAGCACUUUACCCCUUGUUUGGCUUGUUUGAAAGUGACUUGACGAAGAUUCGACCCCUAUACGAUUCACACACGGGAAGUGCCAAAGGGCGUGGCACGAAACGUAAGCUGAUCGUGUCAGACGGGGGAAGUGCUUCGCAAGCGAUUGCGAAGAAGCUGAAGGGCGGCGAUGGAGCUUUUGCACGACUCGCCCCCCACGGAUACCCGAUCGAUCAUCCCUUCAACAAGGACGUGUAUCGUUACACGUUGGCUGAACCGGAUCCUCAUGCUCCUUUCAGGCAAGAAUUUGACGAAUGUUUGGAGUCUGCCGGGAAGCAAAUUCCGCCAUGGCUGUACCGUGUUGUGACUCCUCCGACGGUGUUGUUGGCUAUGCACGAUCGAGCGCCGCAAUUGAAAAUCGGUGACCAUCGGAUGACUGUGACUGGGGAGAAGGGCUAUUGCAUGGUUAGAGCCACUCAUGGCGUUUCACACGGUACGUGGUAUUUUGAAUGUACCAUCGUGGAGAUGCCGGAUAACAGUGCGACGAGAAUAGGUUGGGCACAGGCGUAUGCCAAUUUGCAAGCACCGUUGGGGUACGACAAGUUUGGUUAUUCCUAUCGGUCGAGGAAAGGGACAAAAUUUCACGAAUCCAAUGGUUAUCAUUACGGGGAGGGGUAUGAGAAAGGAGACACGAUCGGGAUGUUGAUCGAGUUGCCGCAGAAUAAACCCAUUAGUUCGUAUCUGCCGAAUACGUGCAAAGGAAAAGCCUUGGUGAGGUUCAAGAACCACCUGUACUUCGAAGAAAAGGACGAUUUGAAGGCCAUCACGAAUAACCUCACUCCUCUGAAGGGCAGUAAAAUCUCCUUCUUCAAGAACGGCGUGUCGCAGCGAGUGGCCUUUGACAAUAUUUUCGAAGGGCUUUAUAUUCCGGCGAUUUCCUUAUACAAAUCUGCGUCCGUGACCGUCAACUUCGGACCGAAUUUCAAACAUCCUCCAGAAGCAGAUUUCAAGCCCCUGAGUGCGAGGGCUGAAGAAGCUGUGACUGAGCACACGAUGGCGGACUUGUUGUUUCUAACUGAAAACCACGGAAAGCUUUCUUUGGAUAUGGUGUGAAUUUUUGCCUUUUGUUCCAAGUGAUAAUUUGUCCGGGAUAGAUUUAUCUUCGUUUCUUCAUCGUUGAUUUUCGAACUGUUUUGUGGAGUACUUAGAGCUGCUGGAGGGAAAGAAAAUUAUGAAAGGGAUGAAAUUACAGUCGAACCUCUUUAAAUUGAACGUGAAGAGAGGAGCAAAGAAAUUUGAGUUACGGAGGAUUUUGAGUUGGAUAAUUAAGAAUUUUUGCCAGGGAAAUAAAGAAGAAUUACAGGAAAUUUUAAUUGGUGAUAUUCUCAGCCUUAAAUUACUUCUUGAGUGAGUUGAGAGGAUGCUGAACUGGGAGGCAAGGGUUCAUUUACCUAAAUAGUCUACUUUCUUUCAAAAAGUAUAAACUUAUUGAUUUUUCUUUACUGUGCCAAUAAAAUAAUAACCAAAAAGGCCUCUAGAAAAUUUGAUUUAUUGAGUUUUGAAGAUGAAAGCCUCUUUUAGGUAGGGAAUUUUUUUAAUGCAUUGUUUUUAAAGAAAUCCAGGCAGGGGCUGGAAUAAAGUACUGUACCUGUAGUGUGCGAGGUACUUGAGUUAAUGCAGUGAUCAAAGCAGUUAUUUACAAAGUUUGUUUCUUUGUGUUCAGACAAGUUGCUCCUUCAGUUUGGGAUUUAUAAUUUUUUUCUCACUAUGCAUGUGUGUCAUUGGGAGUGUCAAAUCGGAUUCUGCAGCCAAGAAUUUCAGUUGAACGCGUUUCAAAUUCAUUUUCAUGUUGAGCCCGGAUUUUUCCACCGAAAAGUUCUUUCCUUUGUGAUCUUCUAACGCAAAACCCGGGAUUACGCCCUAUUUGCUCGUGUGUUUGCCGUGGAUGUUGAACAAGAUUGUUUACUUUUGUAUUUA